AAUGGACCAAGUGUUCACCAGGAAAUAAUCAGACAUGCAUAUGCAUAUUUGAAAAAGAGGGCAUUUCUUUACAUAUAGGGAAGUGUUGACGUCGAAAAACAUCUCAAACGGAUAUAUCAAUAUUAGCUUAAGUGACUAUAACGUUACGUGACAAGCUCAGUGAUGCCUUGAUGACUCGACUUAUUGCCAAUAUCCGCCUCAUCAGUAACAGCACUAAACAUGAAUGACCCGUCGGACUUGGCUCUCACACACGCUGCCCUCAUUUCCCUGUGUGUUGUGAUCGCCCUCCUCGGUAGCACAGGAAACAUCCUCAUCCUCCACAUCUACACCCACAAGAUCAGACUACCCGUCUUCGGCUUAUUCGUAAGAGCGUUGGCUACGCUUGACUUGGCUAACUCCUUAUACACCAUACCAUCAGUUAUUAUUUUCAAAGUAUUUCCUUUAAACGAUGAUAAUCAAAACGCUCUGUGCAAAUUUGUCAGCUUCACCAACCACCACAGUAUGUUAACGACAGGAAUGUUGUAUAUCGGGAUUGCAGUCCAACGAUUCCAGAAGAUCAACCGGCCACAUGGUCCCCAGAUGACGGCGAACAAGGCCAGAAGGAUUGUUGCCAUGUGCAUGACGUUUUCCUUACUUGUCAGCAUCCCAAUAAUAUUAUUGGUGGAGCGGUUCCAGAUGAAGACUGGUUCGGGAAAUAUAACCAUGUGUAAUUUUAAUAAUGUAACAUUUGAGUUCAUUGGGGAUCAGAAAGCGUCCCUGCUGCUGUCUGUGUGGGUGAGCCUUGAGCUCGUGGUCAUCACUGGAGUGUUGGUAGUGAUGUAUUGUUUGAUAUCGAAAGCACUAAGAGGAUAUACAAACUUAUCCGUAACGUGUGGAGAGAAUCUCUUGAAACCUACGACAGCGUUUUCCAUUUUGACGGUGAUCUAUUUCUGCUGUGGAAUCCCUGUAACGCUUCUGUGCUUUUAUUGCAGCAUGAAGAAGGCAGAUGAGGACAUUGAGCCAUGGAAGCUGAAUCUGAUUGAUCUAGCUUUGCACUUGCCAUUUAUUAACUGUGUAGUCAAUCCUUUCGUCUACAGCUUCUCGUCUGGACGGUUCAGAUCAGAGUGCAAAUCUGUUCUAUGUGGACGGAAGUCUCGUCCUGUGGAAUAAGGAGAAGAUGUGACGCCUUCAUUUAGUCCACACAUCAGAAGCUUCAAAUUAAUAUUAACUUGCCUCUCACCUCGGUUGCAUAGCACGUGGAUGUUGAUGUUUUAGCUUGCAAAUACAUACUGAAACAUUGCUACCCACAACGUGCGAGUGAAUUGGUUGUAACGUUGCUAUGGAUUGUAAGUGGAUGACAUUCGUAUCCAGGCGUGUCUGUUUAAUGUGGAAGGGAAGCUUAUCACGAAGACGUUGUUUUUUUACAAAUUUGGUGAAACUAUGCAUAGUUUUUGAGCUGACCGACCAUAACUCACUCAUUAUCUAGGACUCGAACCCAAGAUCAAUGAAUCCUUGCAUGACCCAGCACUUCUAAUUGCGGCGCCUUCGACGACUGGGCCACCCGUAACCACAUUCACAGUUUCACACAGUUUCUCUACAUAGUCAGAUCCGUGAAGAUCCGGGGUAGAUUAGGUCUUCAGCAACCUAUGCUUGCCGUAAAAGGCGACAAUGCUUGUCGCAAGAGGUGACUAACGGG